AUGAAAGUAUUCAACAUCCUAUCCGUGCUUGCUGCAUUGGCAACCGUGGUCAAUGCGCUGCCAACUGAGACUUGCGCUCAACAAAGCGAAUGUAUUUCCUUCGAUAUCAAAAAGAUGGACUCUGACGCCUGUGGAAUCGGAGGAGACUGUGUGGUAGAAAUCUGUAUGUUUGUCUCUGGAACGAGCGGCAACUGUAUCAAGGGCGGUACCGACACCUUCAGCCACAUGUGUAUGCAGAGCGAUGCGUCAGGCUGCCCUGCCUGGAAGGAAGAUGGUGCCCCUGCUUUGGGAGAAGGCGAUUCCACCACCUGUACCGCUUCUGGAGAAGGUUACGGCACUGUUACUUUUGAUGGAAAGUGCUCCGGAAACGAUGUCCUCAUGUGUCAAGAGGGAAAGCCCGGCGACACUCUUUACUGGAUUCUCAAAGACGGAGGAAGCACUAUUGAAGAAGACGUGACCUACGAUUUGCCGUACACCGUUGCAGGUGAAACUGAAGACUGCUCUAACACUGUUAGAUGCUUCAACGGAGAGUACAACUGUGGUGAAAAUGAUAACAAGGCGCAACAGGCCCGAGAACGUACCUGGUCCUUUACCAUCCCUGAAGGAGACGGCAGCUCUUGUGAUGUCUGUGCCCCUGGUACUCCACCUGGCGAUGAGCCACCAACUGAUGAGACACCAACUGAUACCCCUCCAACUGGUACCCCACCAACUGAUGAGCCACCAACUGAUGAGCCACCAACUGGUACCCCACCAACUGAUGAGCCACCAACUGAUACUCCUCCAACUGGUACCCCACCCACCGGAUCUCCUCCAACUGAUGAGCCACCAAUCAGUACUCCUCCACUUACCCCUGAAGAUCCUGAAGAGCCAGCAGUCGCCGCCCCCACCUCCGAAAACGAGUCUACACCCACACCAGGAAGCAACGGAGAUCCUCAUUUCAAGACUUGGAAUGGAGAGCACUUCGAGUUCCACGGACAGUGUGAUCUUGUCUUGGCUAAGGAUGCUGACUUUGCCGAAGGACUCGGUUUGGAUAUCCAAAUCCGAACCAAGCUUGUCCGUUACUGGUCUUACAUCAAGAGAGCUGCCAUUCGCAUUGGCGAGGAUAUCCUUGAAAUUGAAGGAAGCGUCGAUGAGCAAAACCCAGUCUACUGGAUCAACUUUGAACACCAACGCGAAGACGCCAAGACCAUUGGUGGAUUCCCAUUGAAUAUCAUUGCCUCUACUGGUCGCUUCCGCAAGCAUCACUUUGAAAUCGAUCUGAGCUCCAAGUACCCCGGUGUCAAGAUUGCUGUUUCCACCAUGAAGGAAUUCAUCAAGGUUGACUUUGUUGGUGCCACUGAAGAAGCCUUCGGCAAUGUCGUUGGUAUCUUGGGCGAAUUCAAGACUGGAAAGACCUUGGGCCGUGACCAAGCCACUGAAGUUCAUGACUUUAACCAACUCGGAAACGAGUGGCAAGUCCAACCCAUGGACCACAUGCUGUUCCACGAUGUUUCGGAUCCGCAAUUCCCCAAGCGUUGCGUGCUUCCAGAAGAUCCUCAAGGACAACGUCGUCGCCGUCUGGAAGAAUCCUCCGUCACUGUUGAAGAUGCCGAAAAGGCAUGCUCCACUUUGGCCGACGAACUCUCCCGCAAGGACUGUGUCUAUGACAUUAUCGCCACCCAAGACAUGGACAUGGUCGGUGCCUUUUAA